AUCAACACAUUUACCCUGACUCUUAACCUUACUGUAACCCUAGUAACAGGUUACAUAUCAACACAUUUACCCUGACUCUUAACCUUCCUGCAACCCUAGCAACAGGUUACAUAUCAACACCUUUACCCUGACUCUUAACCUUCCUGUAACCCUAGCAACAGGUUACAUAUCAACACAUUUACCCUGACUCUUAACCUUCCUGUAACCCUAGCAACAGGUUACAUAUCAACACAUUUACCCUGACUCUUAACCUUACUGUAACCCUAGCAACAGGUUACAUAUCAACACAUUUACCCUGACUCUUAACCUUCCUGUAACCCUAGCAACAGGUUACAUAUCAACACAUUUGUAGUUGAUAGUUUGUUCAAUAUUUAUCUGGCGAUCAAUCAUGUUGUGUUGUAUCAGCAGGAGAUGAAGAAGCAGCACCCUCCUCUUCCUCACCAGGAUGUCCAGAGAGAGAUCAGAGAGGGGGAGUAACUGGGGAUACACCAUGAUGGAGCCCUGAUACAGAGGACAGAGCACAGUUAAAUGGAGGAGCGGGACAGAAGCCGCUCCCCGUCCCGCAGGACCAGUCGGGUGGAGCAGGUGGUGGGGCGAUGGCUACGACGCUCCAGGGAUUCCAGCAGCAGAGAGCGUAUCCUGGUAGAUGGGAAGGCGGCUGUGGGGGGAGAGUCUAGCGGUCAGGACCAGAAGAACAGCUACCCGGUUAGACUGACCGUCCAGAUCCUACGAGACCCCCUCCUCAACACUCAUGGAAUCACCCUGACACCUCAGACACCUAUACUGGUGCAGGACAUCACCCCAGCGGGGCCGGCUGAUGGAAGGCUCAUCCCUGGCGACCAGGUCGUAAAGAUCAACAAUGUUGCCGUCGAUGACCUGACCCCAGAGCAAGCGGCUGACCUCAUCAGGGAGUGUCAGCACUCUGUGAUGAUAACGGUCCUCAGAAACUCAGCGGGACCCAAGUCUUCCUUCAUCACCCCAGAGAAGAGAGCUAAACUCCGGUCCAACCCGGUCAAAGUUCGCUUUGCUGAGGAGGUUGAGGUCAACAGUCACUCUCAGGGCAACUCGCUGCUCUUCCUCCCCAACGUUCUAAAGGUGUAUCUGGAGAACGGACAGACCAAGGCCUUCAAGUUUGAACCCAACACCACUGUCAAGGACAUAGUAAUGACCCUGAAGGAGAAACUGUCUCUGUCUCGUAUUGAACACUUCUCUUUGGUUCUGGAACAGAAGUACAGCAUCAGUAAACUGCUGUUACUACAUGAAGAGGAGAGGAUACAACAGGUGGUUCAUCAGAAGGAAGUCCAUGACUACAGAUGUCUGUUCAGAGUGUGUUUUAUACCCAGAGAACCUGAGCACCUGUUACAAGACGACCCCACUGCCUUCCAAUACCUCUACCUGCAGGGUAUAAAUGACGUGCUACAGGAGCGUUUUGCAGUGGAGAUGCGUUGCAACACGGCCCUGCGUCUGGCAGCCCUGCACAUACAGGAGAGACUAGCCAGCUGUGGACAGUCACCUCGGACCAAACUCAAGAUCAUCACGAAGAGUUGGGGCAUUGAGAACUUUAUCUCUUCAACCCUCCUGAGGAACAUGAGGGAAAAGGAUCUGAGAAAGGCCAUUGGCUAUCACAUGAAGAAGAGCCAAUCACAGGAGCCAAAGCAGAAGGUGCUGUCGGCCAAUCAGGCGAAGAUUAACUACCUGGAGGAGCUGUGUGACCUCAAGUCCUUCGGCGGGAAGUCCUUCAGCGCCACCAUGAUGCUCCAGGACAGAGAGUCGAUGGUGACCCUGUUGGUGGGGUCGCGGUACGGUAUCAGUCAGGUGGUGAACCACAAACUGAGCAUCAUGACCACCCUCACAGAGUUCAGCAGCAUCACACGCAUAGAGCUGCUACCAGAGUCUGACCGCGUCAGUCUGGUCAAGAUAUAUCUACAGGACAUCAAGCCUAUCACCCUGUUGUUGGAGUCAGUAGCAGCUAAGGAACUGUCCUGUCUGGUGGCAGGGUACUGUCGUGCCCUAGUGGACCCCAGCCUCAUCAUCUUCCCCUGGACACAGGACGGCAAGCAGCACCGCGUGUCUGCCGAGGAGGGUUAUGUGUCGCGGGGUGGCAGUGACUCUGACGAUUCCUCCGACAUGGACAUGGACACUCUCAUCUCCCUUGUAUCCCAUAACAACAAGCGAACCACAUCAGACCCGGUCGGUCUACGCCGGAUUAUGGAGGAGAGGAAAGAGGAGAGGAAAGAGAGGAAGGAGAGAGAGGACAGGAAAAAGAAUGAGAAGGGAGAAGGAGAACAAGAGAAAAAUAUGAAAUACGGAACUAUGUCUCCACUGAGAAAAAACAAAAAGAAGGAGAGAAUUGAGGAGAAGGUGGGGGGAGUUGGGGACCAGAGAGAGAAAGACACUGAAGCAGGAGGAGAGGUGAACUCUGGGAAACAACGAGGAGCAGAGAACGGAGCAAUGCAGGAAGACGACAGAGAAAGAGAGGACAAGAGCGCAAAGAAGGAAAGAGAAGGAAAGGAGAGGAAAGGAGAGGAGGAGAGAGGAGGGGAGAGGAAAGGAGGAGGGGAGAGGAAAGAAGAAGAGGAGAGAGGAGGAGGGGAGAGGAAAGGAGAGGAGGAGAGAGGAGGAGGGGAGGUUCGGGGGGCUAUGACAGAAGAGCACCGGUCCGUAUCAGAGGAGGCGUCAGACUCGUGUCGUACUGAUUCUCGUUUCAUGACCAGCAUCUCCAGUGACUCCCUGGAUGCUCUGGAGGAAGAUGACCUGAUCGCCUGCUCUUCCUCCCUCCCUCACCCUCACCCUCCCUUCCGCCUCACAGUGGAGCCCCCUCAUCCCCAGCCUCACCCACGAGAGGGUGCAUCCUCACCACAAGGAAGGGCAGGAGAGUGGAGAGGAGAAGGAGGUGGAGGGGGGUCAGGAGAGUGGAGAGGAGGGGGAGGAGAGUGCAGAGGAGGGGGAGGAGAGUGGAGAGGAGGGGGAGGAGAGUACAGAGGAGGGGGAAGAGGGAGGAGAUCGGGCAACGGAGCUUGGGUCAACUCUCACCAUUCUCCCAUGACCCCUGACUCUAUAAACUCUGAACCUGUGACCCCCGUGGUUGACCCCUCUGAGAACCUGAACUACGCUGAGCUCUCUCUCAUGCUGGAGUACCUCCCCAGUCCUCCGGAGGCGAGUGACGAUGAGGAUGAGGAGGAGAAGAGGGAAGAGAGGAGGAGGAGUAAUGAAGGAACUGGACAGGAGGUAUUGUCUGUAUCCGGAUGUCCCCGUUCCUCCUCCUCCUCACUUAUGGACUGUGUGUUUACCUUCGAGCAGAGCGACGCGAGGCAUUACUACAAUAUCUGCCCUAAUGUUACCCCCGACAGCACCCGCAGCCUCACCCACCCUCACCCUGAGACUGAGGAAGAGGAAGGUGGUGGUGAGGAGGAAGAGCAGGGGGCACUCCUAACCCUAGAGCCCGUGCCCAUCCUCCAGCCGCCUCCAGGGUUCGGAGACAGCAGUUCUGACGAGGAGUUCUUUGAUGCGAGGGAUCGGAUUGCCUCACCUGAAGACCCAACAUCAGGGACUGUGUCCAGAGAUUUUUCAGCCGAGAUGACGAGUGGAAUGACGCAGCAAUCUGUGAGCCUGAGUGACAUCAGAAUCAGCCUGGCUGAAGGAACGAGGCAUGAAAGAGAGGCGGGUAGAGAGGGAGAGACCAGCGAAGGAGGAGGAGGGAGAGACAUGUUCUCCAGGCUCUCUAGGAAAAGAUCGAAGAAACGUCGUUCCUUCAUGCAGACCGACUUCACCUCAACAGUCUCCUACCCUGGACCGGACCAAAACCAGGAGCGGAACAGGAACCCAGAUCACGUUCCUGAUCAGCAUCUGGACCUGGCACAGAACCGGACAGAGAGCUCAGACGAAAGCCAGCAGCUGAGUCUGGACCCAGAACCAUCUGAGCAGAGCCAGAACCCAUGUCCUACUGUCUCCUCUCUGAGCCACGCCGAGGGUGAGGCGUCCCAGCUCGAGUCCAAGCCUAUCCUCGCCAAGCCCAGCCCAGAGGGGUCCCAUCGGGGACCAGGAGAGCCACGUGUGCUUGAUAACCCAAAGGGAAAUCCACGGGCGCCUGAUAACCCGAAGGGUGACCUCCAUAGGAGCUCCAGGAACAGGCGGCAGUCCAUGGAGACGGAGCCCGACAUGAUGGAGUCCAAAUCGGUCACGGCCCUGGUGACGGCAGCCUCCCUCUCCAUCACGGCUGUCCGCUGUAGAGUAGAACCAGACGGCAAGGAGAGCCCUGAUCGUAGAGGAGACGGGGAGGAGGUGGAGGGAGAGAUGGAGGAAGAGGAGGGGGGUGGAGAAGCAGGGGCAGGACCAUUCACAUGUCACAUGUUUCUGACUGAGAUUAAGGAGGAAGAGGGGCAGAGGGGGGAGGAAACGGGGGAGGAGGGGGAGGAGGGGGAAAGCGACAGAGAGGAGAGACAGCCCUCGCUCAUUUCUGAAGGACCACCCUCUGUUAGGGGGUCCCAAUUUAGUAGACGACCUCUGUGUCUCACGAAAGACGAGGAUCAGGAAGCCUCUUUCGUACCCCAAAUAAGUAUCUCCCAUCCAGGUGUGUAUGGGAGGGACACGGGGGGUGAACAAGGCAUGGCUGGUGGUGAGGAGAGCGUGACUCCCCUUUCUGCUCCUCCUCCCCCCACCUCUCCACUGCCACCCUUCCCAGCCCCCUCCAUCCCCCACACGGAGAGGGGAGAGAGGGAUAGCAAGGAUGGGAAUGUGGGGUCUCAACCCAAACUUUUCAUACUCUCAGACGGAGAGAAGGACAUUAGCUGCUUGACUCAAGUCCAUAGAAAACUCGCUAUCAGUCACCAAGACCUGACAAGCCAAAGGAAAGCAGAAAUUAAAAAUGAUGAAGAUAUAGAUAGCACUAAUUCUGUUACUGAUAACACUGAUGUUGCUACGGCUAACAUUGCAGAUACAGGCCACAUUCAUUCUGUCAUGGCUAACACUGAGACUACAGUUGACUCUGAUUUAGCCACUGCUAAUCACAAAGAUACAAAUAGCAUCAAAUCUGUUCCGGCUAACACUAUAGCUUAUGCCGAUUUUGCUACGACUAACAAUGAAGAUAAUGCUAUAAUUAAUUCCCUUACAACUAGCAAUGAUUCUACAGGUAAUGCUAACUUAGCUAUGACUAAUGCUAAUUCAGCUAAUGCCAACUCAGCUACGGCUAACAUUCCCAAAGAGUCUCCCAUAUCACCUACAACAGGCUUCCUCCUCCGGCCUUGCUCACCGGGCAUCAUCGGGCAAAGCCUCUCGGCCUCCACAUUACGGGGGAAGAUCCAGAGCCUGCCCCUCUAUUUAUCUCGCUCCCAGGAAACCCUCACCCUCUCUGGGGUGGGAAGCCCCAACAGGAGCCCCUCUCCGGAGACCACCAGCAACAAGACUGAGGUAAUGGUCACCACCGAAACCACCAAGUACGACGAUGUCACAAAGGUGGCAACAGGGGAGGAUUUGAAAGAUUCCGGGGUGGCGUUGGUAGAAUCGGAUGAUUCUGAGGUUACGCUGACAGAAUCGGAGGUUGGCGAGGUUGUUGUGGAGACGGCCGGGGCGGAAAUCACGAGGUUGACGGUUUCAGAGGUCAAGGAGGUGAUCGAGAAGGUCGUGAUGGUCUACGGAUCCUCCCUUCCUCCCCCUUUAGCACCCAUCUCUCUAGAGUCCAAACCAGAUCCCAAAAUGGUUGUCAAGUUGCCUACCUGUCCCAUUGCUACAGUGGAAACUGCCCCUCCUAUGGCUCCAGCACCUAUCUGUCUGGAGCCCAAACCAGUCCCUGAACUACUCUCCCCAGGCUCCACUAUCCACAAAAUGGCCGCCCCAUUACCUUCCUGUCCUUCCUUUCGCGUGCCCAUACGCGUAGAGCCCAAACCAGACCAUGAACCACUAUCCAUACGCUCCAAAAUGGCCGCCUUGUCGUCUUCUUAUCCCCCUGCUUUAGUGGUAACCACAGAGAGUCUGAAUUCCUCUUCUUCUAAUCCUCACCCCAUCAGAGUAGAACCCAUGCCAGAGCCUUGCCUUGAACCCUUUUCAGGCCCCAAAAUGUCUGCUCCGUUGUCUUCCUGCCCCUCUGCUUUAGUGGUGACCACACAGAGUCUAGUGGUGACCACACAGAGUCUAGUGGUGACCACACAGAGUCUGAACGGACCGGGGCUCAGCUUCCCUAGUUCUAACAUGAGAGGACAGCCAUUUGGGAGCAACAGCUUCUGUAGACCCCCAGGUGAGGAGGCAGGCCUGCUGAACACUCUGACUACAGGGUGUGGGGUCUUCACCUCCACCUGUGAGACCCAGCCCAACCAGGCCCACAUGGAAUCCUAUUCGCCGGCCAAGCCUGACUUUGGGUGUAGCUCGGUGCUGGCGUCAGGGUGCGAGACGGUCAUGGAGGGGGUGCAGACGCCCCUGGAGGCAUGCAGGUGUCCACCACCGCUGGUUUAUACCAACUGUUUCAGCGGGGGUGACAGCUUCGACGAUGAGUUGACAGUUUACGAGUUCUCCUGUCGGACAAGUUCUCCUCCUGCCUCCCAACCCUCUUCCUCUGCGCUGGCCCUCCCUCUCACGACCUCUCCUCCUCUCUCCUCUUUCCUCUCCUCCUCCCCUCCCUCCUCCCUCCUCUCUCCCUCCUUCCCUCGCUCCGUCCUGCCCCCCUCCUCCUCCAUGGAGCUCUCACCACUCCUCUCCCCGCUCCUCUCCCCGUCCAACUGCUUCUUGUCCCAGUCAAGUCUCCAUGAUGAUAUCAGCCGACUACGCCACCGCCGCUUCCCACCGCCCCCCGCAGGGUUCCAGAAUGUCCGGAGCGACGUGGACGAGCUUCUCACCCUCCUGCAGGGGGGUAGGAUGGGGAGCAGAGGGGGGAGGCACCCCAGGGAGACCUGCGCCACCCACUUCUCAGAGAACAAGCGUCUUCUCCACGGGGAGGCCCGGAGGCUGAUGGCUGGCUGUCAGAAGGUGGUCCGGGUGGGGCAGACCCCAGACGAGAUGCUCUUCUCCCUCUCUGACAGCUUCAGGACCCUGGUGGGCAUGGCCGGCAUGUGCCUAUGGUUCUCUGGGUGCGACCGGUGCGACCGGAGGAAUGCCGAGGCACUGGCGGGGCUGGCGGACGUGGCCAGAACGUACCGGGAGUUUGUGCUGGCUGCGGAGAGGGCGAGCGGGAGGCGGAGCUGUCAUGACCUCAGCACCAAGCUCCUUGCCAAGCAGUGUACCGCCCUCACUGCUUCUGUCUUCUGCCUCACACAGCUGUUCCGCACACUCACCGCGCUCUGAACUGAACCAACGAUCUCUGACCCCUAAAACACAUGUCGGUUGACCUUUCAAUUCUGACCUCUAGACCCACUACACAGGGUUGCCAGCCAAUCAGUCAGCCACCAGGCUGAGUGGGGAAUGAAUGUGUGAACUGCAACAGGUCCACGUAGCGACAAAAAAAAGUAGAAGCACAAUUGAAAGGAGAGAGAGAUGAGACAAGGCAGUUCUAGUGUCCUGUGACAUCAUGGAGAGCCUCUGUGACAUCACAAAUAAGGAACCUCUAUGACAUCACAAAGUGCCUGUGUGACAUCACAGAGAACAUGUGACACGCUGGAAGACAUAAAAGUGAUGUCAUAACAGGUCCCAAAAGACUGUUCAGCUUUUUUAACCGUAACCUACAGUACACUGUGCUGAAACCACACAAGGGACAAACUGGACAUACGUAGCAUCAUCACCACACUGCAAGAAGCCUCACGCAAUGACAAUCUCCGGACUCAGAGCCAACCUGCUUGCGUUAAUAGAGUAUUUAAGUAACUAUUAUAUUUGAAUGUCAAUAAUUUAUUUGUUUUCAUUCAUUAUUUAUUUGUU